CUCAAAACACCUCUUCCCCAUCAAAUCCGCCGCUUUAGAGCUUCUCGAAAGCCUCCCGGACGACGGCCCCUGCUCGUCUCCUCGGCCUGGUCCCUCGCAUAUCUCUUUAUCUUUUUGUUUUGUUCCGUUCCCUGCCAGUCCCCCUACUCCGUAGACCAUGGCGCAGGCCUACACCCUCGACCCCUCGCAGCAGACUGUCUACGUCGCCGUCCAGCAACCGCAGACUGUCUACUACGUCGAGGCCACCCCACCUCCCCAGCAGGUCAUCUACCAGGUUCAAUCGCCUCCGAUAGCCACUCCGCAACCUCAGCAGCACAAGCGCAUCGUCGUUCCCCCUGGCACUUAUCUUCCUGGUACCCCGCUCGUCGUCGGAUCACACAAUGUUGUUAUCGAACGAUAUCUCUCUGAAGGUGGGUUCGCUCAUGUCUAUGUCGUGCGACUAGAGCACAGCAUCCAUGGCACCGAUCUCGCCGUCUUGAAGCGCGUCGCCGUCCCUGACAAGGAAAGUCUAAACGUCCUGCGCAUCGAAGUCGACACAAUGAAACGUCUGAGAGGGCACCCCAAUGCGGUGACGUACAUCGACUCUCACGCCUCUCAUCUCAAGGCUGGUGGAUAUGAAGUCUUUGUUCUCAUGGAGUUUUGUUCCGGCGGCGGCCUUAUCGACUUUAUGAACACUCGUCUGCAAAAUCGCUUCACGGAAUCAGAAAUUCUCAAAAUCUUCAGCGAUAUCGUCGAAGGAGUCUCCGGCAUGCAUUACCUAGAACCCCCUCUCAUCCAUCGCGAUCUCAAAGUUGAAAACGUCUUAAUCUCUGAAUCGGGCAACUUCAAAAUCUGCGACUUUGGUUCGUCAUGCGAAGCCAUUCCUGCGGGCAAAACCGGCCAGGAGUGUCGCGCGAUCGAAGACGACAUCCAGCGCCACACGACGAUGCAGUACCGGUCACCCGAGAUGGUCGAUGUCUAUCGCGGUCUUCCGAUCGAUGAGAAAUCAGAUAUCUGGGCUCUCGGAGUAUUGCUCUACAAACUUUGUUAUUACACCACCCCGUUUGAGGAGCAGGGACAGCUCGCCAUCCUCAAUGCGACAUUCACCUUCCCACCUCACCCUCAAUAUACAGAUAGGCUGAAGAGGCUCAUCAGCGUUAUGCUGAGAGAAAAUCCAAGAGAUCGGCCGAAUAUCUAUCAGGUCCUGAAAGAAGUCUGUCGCAUGAGAGGUGUUGAGGUGCCCAUUAGAGAUAUAUAUUCGGAACGUCAUGCUAGCAGUAAUCGUCCCCGACCCGCACCAUCCUCAACCACUCCGAAAAAACAACACCAGUCGACACCCAGCAUUGUUCAAUACGAAAGCAGGACUUCAAAAUCCUCGUCCCGGCAAAAUAUCCCCGAAAUCAAGCCAAUGCGUCGCGGUAGAGUACCGCCCCCGCAAGCCGCUACACCUGCUGCUGCGGCCGCACCCUCUCCGUCGAUGCGCAUCUCGCCCUUGCCAGCUCGCAAACUCAGUCAUCACGAGGAGCUCGAAUCCCCCUCUGAAUUGCUCGAUUAUCCAUCAUAUCUACCUCCUCCGUCUCCGCCGGCAGCUGAAAUCGAUCAGUCGGAGGUUGACGAGGCAGAAGCUGCUCUUGCUUCGCGGUUCCCUUCAUUGAAAGACUCGCGGCCGCCCACGAUCCGCAAGUUGUCGAAGAAAGCCUUUGACAAAUUUGAGUCUGCGGCCGAUGUUCCUCCACCAAAGCCAGCCCGUCCCAGCCUAGACAGCAACCGUACCUCUUCGUCUUCGUCAAACGUGAUCAAAUCUCCGCAGCCCAAGCGUCCGGUGCUAGUAGCCACCGGCACUUCAGAGACGGCGCAGAACAAGCGUGAGUUCUCCGACGGAAGCAGCCGCAUGGCUCCGGUGAUGCAGCGAUCGAACUCUCGUCAAGACGACUACAGUUCCUCAGGUGAUUUUGCGCCUCCGAUGCGAGCGCCGUCGCGGGGCGCAAUGACGCCGUCAGAUUCGCGUCGCCCGUCACUUGAUGCGUCGCGGAAUCAAAGCAGUAGCGGCAGCUACAAGUUUCCCCACCGACCGCCGUCGUCUGCGUCUGGUCGAAAGAGCAGGCCGGUGAGCAUGUUUUUAGACUCGAGCGUUGAUUUCCUGCGCAACCUAGGUCGAAGCGAGAGUCCAGCCAACUCUGUCACCGGUGGCGACGCAACCGGCGCGCUGAGUGCCGUUUAUACUGGACAGUCGCAGAAAUCCGAGCACAUCGAGUCGAAUUUGGAAUUUCUGAAGUCUUUGGACACCGGUGGCUCGAAUAUGGGCGGCAGCGAACGUCGGCAGUAUACCGGCGGAAGCACCAAGGCCAGUGUGCCUGGCGAGAUGCGCAGCGUGAGCGCUGGAUCUACCACGGCCAAGCACAGUAAACGUGCGAGCAUGCCGGUGAUCAACCUGUCGAGCAAGUUAACCGGGAAGUUUGGCGAGGCGUUCAAGAAAUUCGAGCAGUCUCCCGUGACGACCGGGACUUCAGUUGCAAGCGUGGCCGAGCAGCCGCCUCCAUCGCCUCGGACUCCUAGAUUGAUGUCGUUUGAGCGCAGACGUACGCCGAGCCCGGAGAAGAAAAAGAAGGAGGACGAAGGUGUUGCUACGAAUACUACUGGCGGCGGUGGGUUUAGAAUGCAUAUGCGACGAGCUUCGUCGGCAAAGAUCUUCAGACGCAGCUCAUCGAACGGACGCAACGCGCAACCGCAAAAGACUGGCGAGCAGCAGCAGCAGCAGCAGUCGUCGACGUCGUCAUCGAUGAGUGCGCCGGCAAUGGAAGCUAGCACGUCAUCUUCGACGUCGUGGAAUGGUGCAAGAGAGGCCCUGACGAUUUCGGAUGCGAUGGAGAAACGGGCAGCGGCACGAAACCAGCGUGACAGCGAUGCCGAACUGAUGCCGCCCCCAGCAGCUAUCGCAAAGCCUAAGCCGCCCGCGCCCAAACCUGCAGCGUCUGUUGCUUCGACUCCCGAGAAAAGUCGCGGGAGCGCGCCUGCGGUGCCGUUGAAGAGUAGCGGGGCGGCGUCGAUGGAGUUUCCGAUCAAGACGAGCGCGGCAGUCACAGGGACUGGCAGCCGCCGUCCUCGCGCGGAGAGUAUUCAGAAUCGGGUGCAGUCGCUUCUGGAGCAGAGCCAGUCGGCGCCGGUGUCAAAGUCCGCGUCCGGGUACGGCAAGUACACCGACCACGGGGACGACGAAAAGGCGCCGGAGACGGCGGGGAUCAAGCGCGCAGACACGAUCGGCGAGGUUGAGAGCGCGCUUGUGCCAGAGACGUAUGUCGUGAUCGAGCCCAUGGGCGACGUUGAAGCCGAGCUUCUUGGCUCGUCGUCGAAGUUUGCAAACAUCAAGGGUAGCGACGAAGCUGAGUUUGACGAGGCGAAUUUCCUGGCGCAGGCGCGGCAGAAGGCGCAUAGCCGAGCCAAGCAGCACCUGCAUGAGGCCAAGAAUCGCUUCGAACAGCGACACCAUCAUAUCCGGACGCACUCCAAGAACCCUAGUCUGACGCUCGUCGACGUGCGCGCGGCAUCGCCGUUCGAGAGUAGCUCGCGGUCGAGGCAGAGCACGAACAGUAGCGCGGACGGAAGCGCAUGGGAUCGGCCUGCGCCGCCGCCAAAGCCUGCAAAGCUGCAAGUGACUGGCGCGACGACGACGACGACCUCGAGCGUGACUAGUUCACCGGCCAGAAGUUCUGUGGCGGGCGACCUGUCGCCUAGGAAGGUGCAUCAGCGGAAAUUUGUGCAUGACAACGCGGACGUCAAGGAUUGGGAGGUUUCGUUUGAGAGGAAGUUCCCGAGUCUGCCGGGCGUGGAUGUGGAUGAUGACGAGGAGAUUGAGGUUGAAGGGUUGCUGGAAGAUGAUUUGUCGAGGAUGGAUAUCAGAGAACGGGCGCGGCGGUUUGAGUAGCCUGGCAUUAUAGUUUUCUUCUCUUUCUUUUGAGUGUGUUUAUGUUUCUUGGGACACGAUUGGAUUUCGAUGGAUGAAAGAUAUGGUUGCCUUUUAUUUUUAAUGUCAUAGACCGCGCAGCGCAGCUUCCACUUCCCAUUUCCGAUCUUGAUUCUUCACUUUUUUGUAUCUUGUGCAUAUGCGUUCUCUUGUUCUUCUCAUUUCAUAGUUCCAGGUUUACAACGACGAUUCAUCUCAACUUGCCUUAUUAUUCCCUUUGUUAUUUUCUCUCCAAGCAUUACUUUCUUCCCUGUUUGAUAAAUAAAAAGCUUCAUUUUGCCUUGCUAAAAACCCUCAGCUGGAUUUAUUAUCGCGAUGAGCC